UUCGAAUGUUUACAAAACGCGCAACGAUCUCCAAUUUCUGAUAUUUUAUUAUUUAUUUUUUUUUAGAUAGAAUAUUGUUCACGCCACAAUGAACAAUGGCGAGCCAUUUAUCGUGUACAGUUACGCCGUAUCAGGUGAUCAAAUUUAUCAGCUAAAACCGGCCGAUGACCUACCAAAUGCGCAGGAAAUCUCCUUAGCUUCGACGGGGGCACCGGCAAACAUUAUCCAGCUUGUUCCAGCAAGCACAAUUGUUCAAACAAGCAAUGCCACACAAGCAAUCCAAAUCGUAGAGAAUAUCCAACUUCAUCCACCAACGAUAAGCAUAGAUUCAACGCUCUCUUCGGAACCAACUGUAGAGUGCAAUGCAACUAACUCAAACGAGAUCCAAGUGGAAUUCGAUUCCAGUGGUGUCCAAGACACAGUUCAAUCUUUCUCCACUGACGAAUCUCAAAAAGUAAUCGUAGUUCACGUUGAACCGUUGAAGGAUGAACCAGCUCCGGUGCAGCGAAAGCCCACCAAGCCACCGACAAAGAAGGCUUUGGACAAACUAAAAUCGAUGCAGAAGAUGAAGCCAUCUCCAGUGCCAGAAGUUCCCGCCAAAGUUAAGCUUAAAACGGAGCCAACUAGAUCGAAGAAGAAGCCUUUCAUCUAUGAGUGUGAUGUUUGCGAUAGUCGCUUCCUGGCGGCGACGUCGCUAAAGCUACACAAGACCGGCCAUCGGUAUGGGCCGCCUGAGGAGAAGAAGACGUGGAUUUGUCGUUUCUGUGGGCGACAUUUCUCGCACCAGCAAACGCUUGGAGAUCACGAAAAAAUCCACAUCGAUGAGGUGCGGUACGAUUGCGAAGUGUGCGGCGCCAAGUACCAUUCCAAGAGUGGACUGAGGAAUCAUUUGGCGAAGAAUGCGAUGUGUGAGGAGACAUUUCGGGACCGGAAGCUGUUGAGGAAGAAGGAAGAGGAGGAUGAGAAGUCACAUGAAUGCGAUGUUUGUGGCAAGAAGUAUCGACACCGGAAGUCGAUGCUGGAGCACAGGAGCCUGCACUACAAGAGUAAGCAGAACAGGUGCGAUCGAUGUGGAGCAAUGUUCGAAACCGCCGGAGGCUGGAGAAAGCAUGUGGCGAGUGGGCGAUGUGAGUUUUCCAAAUGCAAGUUCAAAAAAGACGUGGUUGAGGAGGGAGAUGUGUUUAUACCCGAGGAAAGAAAGAAGUUUUUGGAACAGGUCGAAAAGGUGAAACAGAAACAACAGCUAGGUGGAAAGGGCAAGCGAAGUAUCAGUUCGAGCUCAAGCGAGAAUGAAGAAGGUGACCAGAAUGAUUUGGAUGAACAGCAAAUGGAGACACCACCGAUUGUUGAGGAUGAUGAGGGCAUUGCAAAUUCCCCUGAAGUCCAUGCGACGUAUCAAGAAAUACCAAUUUUGGGAUCGCCAGAUAUUAAGGAAGAACAGCUUAGUGAUAAUGAUGAAGCAUUUUCCGCUUCUAAUGAUCUAGGUACAGUAAGUACCUCUAUUGAAGCUACAAACCCUUCAGAAGAGGAUCAGCUUGAAGAGACUGAACACGAACCUAAAGAACCUAGUCAACGAAAGCAACGGAAGCCAAAGGUCCACCAAUGUCCAACCUGCAACAAAGUCUUCGCUCGCAGUUUCGUCCUUAAAAAUCACCUCCGUACGCACACCGGUGAGCGUCCCUAUCUCUGCGAUACCUGUUCCAAAUCCUUCGGCGAUUCGGCUUCCCUGAAAGCCCAUCUUGUUAUCCAUACCGGCGAGAAGCCCAUCCUCUGUCCGGAGUGUCCGGCCCGGUUCGCCCGAAAAAGUGGCCUCCGCAACCACAUCACCGUUCACUUUAAUCUCCCUUGCGACCAGUGUGACCAGAAGUUCCCUUCCCGUAAAACCCUUCUCCGCCACAAAGUCAAACACCAAGGCAUCCGGCCGUUCCUGUGCGAAAUCUGCUCCAAAGACUUCCGCACCAAAGCGGACAUGCAAGCCCACCUGCGGAUCCACAACAACGAGAAACGCUACACCUGCCAAAUCUGCUCGGCUCGUUUCAACUGUCCAUCCACUCUGCGACGCCAUCGGAACGUCCACGCCCCGCCAGAAACCCGCCCAGUAUGCUCAACCUGCGGCAAUUCCUUCUCCUCUCAACAGGCCCUCCGAAAGCAUGAGGACAUCCACAAGAACAUCAAACCCUACCGGUGCGAGGCUUGCUCCAAGAGCUUCCGGGUGAAGGACCACCUCAAAAUCCACCAACGAUCGCACUCCGGCGAGAAACCCUACCAAUGCGAGCUCUGUCAGAAGCGGUUCAUUACCAAUGGGGACCUGAAGGUGCACAUGCGGAGACACACCGGUGAGAAGCCGUUCAGCUGUGACGAGUGCGGAGAGGCGUUCGUGGUGACGGCCAGGUUGUACCGGCACAUGCAGCAGACCGGGCAUCAGAGUACAAGUAAGCCACAGGCGAUCAUCGUGUCGGAUAUCACGAGGGCCACGUGACGUCGCC